CUUAAUUAUUAAUGCCCACAUACACUAAUAAGUCAGACAUCGACCGGCCAUGAAAGCCUUAGAACGCCUAUUAGUGUGUUUCUCCCCCGCCUCCACCGACAUAUGUCCCAGCACCGACCGCCGCCGUGUGCACCGCCUUGGCCACCCGCCACCCAAGAGCAGACAUAGCACCUCCCAGUCUUCGCCGCUGGCUAAUCGGCCCUUCGAGUCACGCCGGAAAAGCUCAUCCGACGUCCCCGACAACCGCCGGUCAGCAGCUACUACCACUCCUGCCUCGGGGUCUUCCUUCAUUGACUUGCUGGCCGUACAUUCUAGUCAUCCUCGAACAGCCUUGCUUAAGCGGCACAACUCAGCCGAUCACUCCGCCGCUGAUUCCGGUUCCCGGCCGCUUGAAUCUCCGGGAGACAAACCCUUAUCUUUAGCUAAUUAUCUUGAUGGACAUUCCACUCACAAUUAUUAUACUUCGUCAACGACCACCCCGUACCGUAACCAUCAGGUUGUCGAAUUGAAGGUGGCAAUUCAUUGCAAGGGUUGCGAAAGGAAAGUAAGGAAGCAUCUUUCCACAAUGGAAGGAGUGAAAUCAUUCAGUAUCGAUUCGGUCUCGCAGAAAGUGAUAGUGAUUGGAGACGUGAGUCCCUUGGGAGUACUGGCAAGCAUUUCUAAGGUGAAGAGUGCACAAUUCUGGCGGUAGUUAUGAUAGACGACAUCGACUUCAUCUUUGCAUCAUCUGUUAGCUAGGGUUAGCUUAUCUAAAUCAUUAGAUGUUUCUUUAAAAUAUUUGGGUUUCUCAAACCUAUAGUAUACGUGGUAUCAAAACAAGACCUAUUGUAUACUUCUUUAGUAGUUACAAUAGUUUGAUGUUUAUACUAUUCACAUAUUCUGUUAUAAAAUUUGAAUCUCUUAUGAAUUAUGAUAUUAACUAAUAAUUAUGUAGUAUUAGCGAA